UCCAAUCGCAGCACUGUUUUCUACAUUUUUGCUAUAUAAGGGUCCCUACCGAUAGUUUUUAUUCAUCAUUCAGUGUUCCAAUUUGAUACAACACAGUCAAGCAUUCACAACUAACCAUGAGCGGAAGAGGCAAAGCAGGAAAAUCGAAGGGAGGUAAAUCCAAGACCAGGUCGUCCCGUGCUGGACUCCAGUUCCCAGUCGGUCGUAUCCAUCGUCUGUUGAGAAAAGGAAACUACGCCGAACGUGUCGGAGCCGGAGCACCGGUAUACUUGGCCGCCGUCAUGGAGUAUUUGGCAGCUGAAGUAUUGGAAUUGGCCGGUAACGCUGCCCGUGACAACAAAAAAUCUCGUAUCAUUCCCAGACAUUUGCAAUUGGCAAUCAGGAACGACGAAGAAUUGAACAAAUUGUUGUCCGGUGUCACAAUCGCUCAAGGCGGUGUGUUGCCCAACAUCCAAGCCGUUCUUUUACCCAAAAAGACCGAGAAGAAAGUCUAAGGUUACACUGACUUUUUCUAGUUGUAUUAUAAAACGGCCCUUUUCAG